UCCACAUUUAAGAGGGAGCAAGAAAAGCAGUGUGUCAGCAGCAUUGGCGUGCAUAUCAUAGCAACACCAGAUUGGCCUCUUCACUCUUCGUCUUAAUCACUCCCCUCAAUCUGUGCAAAAUACAACUCACCCAACACCAUAUCAAAUCAAAAAGAUUGCUAAUUGAAAGCUGUGUCUCAUCUUUUAUACCCCCCAAUUAAGGCUUGUUUCCAGAUUCAACAAAAGCAAAAGCCCAAGAUUCUGAACAACAAAAGAUAGUGGCUCUUGCUCUGUCCAUUUCUUUACAAAGCAAUUGAAUUUUAAUAUAAAACUGGUUCUGGUGCUCUGUUAUUGGUACUCCAAAAUUUCCAAUUUUGUUCAUGUGGGUGCUCUGUUUUUUCACAGGAAAUGCUUGAAUUCAACCAUAUGAACUACAAAGUGUGUUAAAGUUGCUGUCUUGAUGCCAUUUUGAGAGUAAUAGAUGCUUGUUGUCUGCCGUUUCCAUGGCGUAUUGCAACUGAUUCCAAGAUGCUGUUUUCCAUAUGUUUUGCAGGGGUUCUUGAUCUUCUUCAACGGGUUUGAUGGUUAUAAAGUUUGGGGAUUAUUUCAAUGAUAAAGUUUUGAGUUGAAAACAAGAUAAUUAGUUUCUGGUGUGAAGGCAAAUUUGGGCUUCAGAAGGUGUGCAAUAUGAAGUUUAUGAAACUUGGAUCCAAACCUGAUUCUUUUCAGACUGAGAACAAUGUUUGGUAUGUAGCUUCCGAGUUGGCAACCGAUAUGGUCAUUAAUAUCGGAAAUGCAAGGUUCUAUCUUCAUAAGUUUCCAUUGUUGUCGAAGAGUGCUCGAUUACAGAAGUUGGUGGCAAGCACCAACGAAGGGGUUGGAAACGGGGACGAGAUCGAUAUUCAUGACAUUCCUGGUGGUCCGGCUGCUUUCGAGAUAUGUGCUAAAUUCUGCUAUGGUAUGACCGUAACGUUAAACGCGUACAAUGUUGUCAACGCGCGUUGUGCAGCCGAGUAUCUCGAGAUGCAUGAAACAAUGGAGAAAGGGAAUCUAAUUUAUAAAAUCGAUGUUUUUCUAAGCUCGAGCAUUUUCCGAAGCUGGAAAGAUUCAAUCAUCGUACUACAAACCACCAAAUCGGUUAUGAUGUUGUCGGAGGAACUAAAGCUAGUCAGCCAUUGUGUUGAUGCUAUAGCUUGUAAGGUAUCGACCGAUGUUUCUAAGGUUGACUGGUCUUAUACUUAUAACCGCAAAAAGCUUCCGGAAGAAAACAAUAACCACAUGUUAAACGGAGGUAUUAGGAGCAUGACCGUUCCGGCAGAUUGGUGGGUGGAGGAUCUUGCUGAGCUGGAGCUUGACUUAUACAAACGGGUUCUCGUGAGUAUUAAAAACAAGGGUUUAGUACACGGUGAAGUGAUCGGAGAAGCUUUAAAAGCGUUUGCUUCUAGAAGGUUGCCGGGGUUUAACAAAGGUGUGAUACCGAGUGGUGAUACGAUGAAAACUAAGUCGAUAGUUGACGCAAUCGUUAGGCUUUUGCCAUCCGAGAAAGGUAGCGUGCCGUGUAGUUUCUUGCUAAAGCUUUUAAAAAUGGCGAUGUUGGUGGACUUGGGGGAAAUCGGGGAGAUGGAGUUGGUCAAACGGAUUGGUCAACAGCUCGAGGAGGCUUCGGUUCAAGAUCUUUUGAUUAGAGCGAAAGAUGGCGAGCCAACGAUUUAUGAUGUGAAAACGGUUCAGAAAAUAGUUGAGGAGUUUAUGGUUCGGGAUCAAGUCCGCAACGGUGAGUUUGAAGUGGACGGAAACGAGAUUCAAGAAGUGAGGCGCUCAACCGGAGGGAUAUUGUCGGAAGCUUCAAAGUUAAUGGUAGCUAAACUUGUUGAUUCGUACCUUGCCGAGAUCGCAAAGGACCCGAACCUACCUUUAUCAAUGUUUACCGAUCUUGCCGAGACGGUGUCUGGUUUUUCAAGACCGGCCCAUGAUGGGAUAUAUCGAGCCAUAGAUAUGUAUCUAAAGGCACAUCCGGGGAUCAGUAAGAGCGACAGGAAGAGAAUAUGCAGGCUAAUGGAUUGUAAGAAGCUUUCGGUCGAGGCGUGCAUGCACGCGGUUCAAAACGAGAGGCUCCCGUUGCGUGUUGUGGUUCAAGUCCUCUUCUUCGAACAGGUUCGAGCCGCAGCGUCAUCCGGCAGUAGCACACCGGAUCUACCUAAAGCAAUCAAGGACCUCAACAGUGCGUCCCACGGCAGCUCGAGAUCAACCACAACUAACACCGAAGAAGAAUGGGAUGCGGUGGCUACGGCUGACGAACUCCGGGCGUUGAGGGGUGAGCUCGCGUCGUUGAGGCUGGAACGCAACGGUAGUCAUGCAAAGAGCCCGCUAGCCGAAAAGGGUCCGGUUCAUAAAGUCAAAGGUCUAUUAGCGACGAAGAGAAUAUUGACGAAAAUAUGGUCAAGCAAAGGUGGGACCGCGGAGAACAGCGAGACGGAUUCAUCAGGAAGUGGGUCUGGUAACCACCCUGAUGAUGUGAAACCGACAUCGACACCGUCGAGAAGAGGGCGGCAUUCGGUAUCUUAAAGGUCUGAUUUUUACAAUCUUUUUGUUGAUGGGAUUAUGGUAGCAAUGAUAAAGAUCCUAGAAGGGUAGGUAUGUGUUACUUUAAACUUAGGAGAUCAUAAGUUUAGUAUUAUUUUCUGAAAGUGGUGGAUGUUGUAUGUUAGGGUCAAGUUUAGGGAUAUAUUGGGGAAAAAGAAAGAACCCUAUAAGUUGAUGAAAUCUAACAAAAAAAUGAGGUUUAAGUCUUUGAUUGUAUCAACAUUUAAGUGCACUGUAUGAUGGUUAAUAUAACAUAUAUCAGCCUUGUCAUGUUUGCUA